CGAAGCCGCCCUGAGCUGAGCGGAUCCGAGCGGCCUGCUCUGCCCCCUGGUGGCCGGAUGACCAAGCUUCAUGGAGGUGUCCUCAGUGCCCUCCUCCAGCAUCAACCGAGGCAACCAGGAAGUGAAUGACUCAGUUUCCCCCAUGCCCUCUACAUUGGCAAUGCAAGACAUUAGGACCGAGCUGCACUGCCCACUGUGUAAAGACUGGUUCAGUGACCCACUGAUGCUAAGCUGUGGCCACAAUUUCUGCCAAGGCUGUAUCCAAAAGUUUUGGAGGCUGGAAGCAAAGGAAACAUUCUGUCCUGAGUGCAAGAUGCUAUGUCAGUACAGCAACUGCACAUUCAACCUGGUGCUGGAGAAGCUGGUGGAGAAGGUGAAGAAGCUGCCCUUAUUCAAGGACCAUCCACAGUGCUCAGAGCAUGGAGAGAACCUGAAGCUGUUCAGUAAGCCAGACGGGAAGCUGAUCUGCUUUCAGUGCAAGGACGCGCGGCUGUGCACAGGGCCGUCCAAGGAGUUCCUGCAAAUCCCUGACGCUGUCCAAAUCUUCACGGGGGAGCUUGCCAUCUACCAGGAUCAACUGGAGACAACCCUGAAGAAACUUCAGUCCCUCAGGAACAAGCAGAAGGAUGCUACUGUUUCUUGCAAGGAAGACAAGGUGCAUCUGCAGGAGCACGUGUCCUUGGAGUUUCGAAAGCUGCACCAGUUCCUGCACAAUAAAGAGAAGGACACUGUAAAUGCCCUCCGGGAGGAAGGGAGAGCCUUGAGCGAGGAGAUGGAGCUGAGCCUGAACCAGCUUCAGGAGCAGGUUCUCAGUGCCACAGAUAUGCUGGCGAGCAUCAAAACUAGGAUGGAACAGCAGAAUGCCUUCGAAUUCCUCAAGGAUAUCACACAACUCUUGUAUAGCUUGGAAAAAGGAACACGGGAGUCGGUGCCCAGAGCACUGAUCUCCAGGAAGCUGACCCCAGGCCUGUUCAGAGGUCCCAUCCAGUGCAUGAUCUGGAAGGAAAUGCAGUUUGCUCUCUCUCCAGGCCUAUGUCCAUUAACCCUGGACCCUAAAACAGCUCAUCCAAAUCUAGUGCUGUCCAAAGACCGGACCAGUGUGUGGCAUGGGGACAUUAAGCAGAUAAUGCCCAAUGAUCCAGAGAGGUUCGACUCGAGUGUGGCUGUGCUGGGCUCCAAAAGCUUUGCAUCUGGAAAGUGGUACUGGGAAGUGGAGGUAGCAAAGAAGACAAAGUGGACAAUUGGAGUUGCCAGAGAGUCCAUCAUUCGGAAGGGCAACUGUCCUCUAACUCCCAAGCGAGGGUUCUGGCUCCUAAGGCUAAGGAACCAAACUGACCUAAAGGCUUUGGAUUUGCCUUCUUGCAGUCUACCACUGGCUAACAACCUCACCAAGGUGGGCAUUUACCUGGAUUACGAGGGAGGGCAGGUGUCCUUCUACAAUGCCAACAGCAUGACCCACAUUUACACCUUCAAUAGCACUUUCAUGGAAAAACUUUAUCCCUAUUUCUGCCCCUGCCUUAAAGAUAGCGGGGAGAAUAAAGAACCACUGCGUAUCCUACACCCACAGUGA